AUGCCUGGAGAGGUCGUGUGGAAAGAGAAAGGCUUGCGUGCAAGAACUCCCGAGCGAUUGGCCAAAGCUGUGAUCGACUGCAGGGAGAUGUGCGCAAAGAUUUCGCACCUCUACACAGGACCUUUGUGCCAUUUGCAAGGUUGGGACGGUGCAUUGCCCGACGGUGUUACGGACCAGGAAUGGGCCGAUGUGUACUCCAAGGUGCGCUUUAACUGCUUUGAAUCCGAGGGCAGCUGUCUGCUGCCUGUUAUGGCGCUUUUCAACCACAGCUGCGCCCCGAAUGCAGCCAUCACCCGCAUCGGCAUGGUUGAGGAGUGCAACUUUGCCAUGGUCGCUGUCUCAGAGACGCCAAUACUGCCGGGGACGGAGAUCGUGUACAGCUACAACUCAGACUACCUGUUCGUACCCUUCCAGGAGCGACAGCAGCUUUUGAUGAGAAAUUGGAGUUUCGUAUGCCGGUGUGCCAGGUGCAUUGAGGAGAAACAUCUGGACGAGCAGAGUGACUGGGAGGCAGACGCGGAGGAGCCGCUGGACAGGUUGCUGCAGCAGGUGGAGGAACCCGAGGCCUGCAGGCGUCUGUUUCGAGCCCGCCAAGCCGUGCUUCAUCGACCCGGCCUUUCCCUGGCACAGCGCAAGCAGCUGUUUGGGGCCCAGCUUGCUGCAGCCAGGACGCUCCUUCCACGCCUGCAUCCGUCCUUGGUGAACAUCUUCGAGGAGCUCCGUGAUCUCUGCGAGCCUUCAGAGCACAAAAGCCACUGUGAGAAGGUGUGCAUUUUCUACGGAAAGCUGCGGUCCAAAGAGACUGCCACCUGGCCUCUCGACUCUGAGCCUGAGCCGAUAGCAGAUAGCACGAGAUCCUGA